CCCAUCCCGAGCCGACAUCGAGCGAGCGAGCGCACGAGCCGCGAGCGAUGCCUUCGCUGUCGCUCUGCGGGCGUGUCAUUGCAUCCACACCCAGGGCGCUCACCAAAGAGCUGUUCGAAGGCUCCAAGCCAUCAAAGGAUUCAGCCGGCGAAGCAAACCACAUCCUGCAUGACCUGGAAAGGCGUUAUGAGAAUGUGGAAGACACUGCGGUGCUGGCAGUUCACCGGCGGUGCAGCCUCCAGCCACACUUUGAGGCGCAGCCAAUGAUGUCUCCACGGGGCGCCCUGGGUCUGGUUCGCCGUGGCAGUGAACUGAACAUGGGCCACGUGGCGCACCAUGAGAAGAAGCACAAGGGACUUUCAAGGAGAAGGCCGUCCUUUGCCAGCACCGCUAGUGUCAGCCAUGAUGACCGCCAGCUAGAGGCGCUGCUGAGUGCUUCGCCGCAGCACUGGGCGGCCGGCCAAGUAGGGACGCAUGGUCAUGCAGUGCACGGCGAAGGUCCCCUAGCAGGGCUCGAGCCAGAGGAGCUUCUCAAAUGCUUGCAGCCGCGGGCGGACCAGCCCGGCUGCGCGGAGAUGAAGGCGGAGGACUUCCGGAAGGUCGAGACUGUGGUUGUGGACCCCGAUGGCCUGCUCUGGGACAUCCAGGAGGCGGAGGCGAGCGUCAAGCAUCAUGCCGCCACCUACUUGAAGGAGAACGUGGCCUUCAUCAACACCCUGCUGGCCGCAGGCAUGCGCGUGGUCAUGUGCGACAGCCUCAACAAGCAGCUCACAAGGCAAGGCUUCAAGGAGCGGUUGAAGGAGAAGGGCAUCUCGGAGACCUGCCAAGUCUGGACGCCCACGGACACGGCCGCGUGGUACCUGAAGAGCCAAGGUGUGUCCAGACCGCUAGUGGUGACGACAGAGGCCUCCUUCCUGGAAGACGUUCGCAAGGCAGGCUUCGAGUGCUUGGACAUCCUGGGUGAGGAUGGGCAGGUGCUGCCAGAGCUGCAACUCCACGAGGCUGCUUCAGGUGAGCACCUGGACCACGCCUUGUCCCGCUUCGGCGGCGCCGACGCGGUGGUGAUGGGGCCAAUGAAGGAUCUCUCUCCCAUCCUGAUGGCCCUCAUAGAUACGAUCCUGGACCGGGAAUCCAGGAACCCGCUGCUGGUGUGUUGCUGCCCUGCGGUGGUGAAGAGGAAGAUGCGGAUCGUGAGGAACUCCAUUGCCUGCCAGACGCUGAUGAAAUCUGAGAUCCGCGAGGACUUCGUAGAUGCCUUUUGGCCCUCACGACUUCAGACGGCCGCCCUCUUCGAUUCUCAGAAGCUGGCAGUGGCGGAGACCAUCCUCGUGGGCAGGAGCUUCGAGAAAACUGUCAGGCCGGCCUACAGAUCUGGUAUGCGCUGCCUGCUUGUCCUAGACAACCUCAUCGACCAACUUCACCUUACCAAGGAGCGCCGUGCAGAGUACCUGCCUGACUUUGUCAUCCCCCGGCUCGGCCAGUUCAUCUCCUAGGGCCCGGCCUCGUCGGCCUUGGCCAUUUUCGCGCUUGCGAAGUGUGUGGGGGAAGGGGGGCUCAACCCCCAAAGAUCUCCAUGUACGGUUUCAUGUUGAUGUGGCGAGCCCCCUCCUAAAGGUUGGC